AUGUCUGUACUCGCAAGCGAUCCAGGGGAGAAGUCACUUGCCAAACUCUUGGCAACUCUCACCACCACCCUGGACGACACCAUUUUCGUCUUUGCAACACUUGCCAACGCAUCGGAUCUCCCGCGUCUGGAAGAAACACAGCUCUUGUUCAAAGAGAAAGAGGGAAUCACAGUCAUAGUCAGCAGAGAAUAUGCGACAGCGCAUAAGAUUGACUUUUUCUUUCCCUGCAAGAUGAUUACGCUCAACGUAACGUCAAGUUUGGAGGCUGUCGGCUUCAUGGCGGUGAUCGCGACAAAAUUGGCAGAAAAUAAUAUGGGGGUGAAUCCAGUUAGCGGAUUCUAUCACGAUCAUCUGUUUAUACCACUAGGAAGGGAGCAAGAAGCUGUUGAAGUUCUCAAUCGUCUGGCGGAGGACUACAAGCAAAAGGCGUUGACAGGGAACUAA